UCAGCCAAAAAUGGCCAAAUUUUUCACACUUGGUCACGCUCCAAGUAAAGAAGAAGACUUUCAUUCAGAGCCGACAAAACAACAACAGGCUGAUUUUGGUCAGUUGUAUAAAAUCAAUCAUACGCCACAUGCGCAGUGGCGGGCGUGGUGAGAAAAAUGCCAGGACUCAGACAAGCGACGGAUGGAAAGCAGAUGUCUCUCGAAAAGCUGUUCAAAUAAAUCCAGUGUAUAGUGAAUGUACUAACGCUGAUUAACAUAUUAAAGCAUUGUCAUAUCAGCGGUGUUUUGUGGCUAUAAAAUGGUCCCAAGUGGCUGACUGCCAAGACAGCAACUUGUGUCUGUUUUUUUUUUUUAUCGAUUUGUGUCAAAUCUGCACCCUGUAUGCUAGAACCGCUGGCAAAACAACAGCGCCCUUACGCCCACUUGGUGGACAAUUUGAAAAAUAAUGCCAAGGUCCAAAAACCAUCGGCGUAAUUAAAAAGCGGAUUUGCCACCGGAAAUCGCAUCGAAAACAACAGUAGCAUACCAUGGAUGGGGGCGGACAGGAUACCACCUAUGAGCCGCUGGAUGGACGAGGCUCUGGUCGUUCGAGGAGCACUAACUCCACAGCUGGAUCCGGACUGAGGCAUCCUGGAAGCAUGGACAGUCCCGAGUUCGAUACACGCGCCCCCAAGGAUCAGAGGCACUCCGUCUACCUGGCUCUCCUGGCAGCGGGCAUUGGUUUUGUUUUGCCCUAUAAUAGUUUUAUUAUUGCGGCGGACUACUGGCAGGCGCGUUUUCCGGGUCGUCCGGUGGCCCUGGACAUGUCGAUGACCUAUAUUUUCGUGGCCUUCGGCACCGUGCUGAUGAACAACAUAGUGCUAUCGGUGGCGCCGUUCCAGUCGCGGGUGCUCUUCGGCUACAUGAUAUCCUUCACCACGCUGAUCUUCGUGGCCGUCUGCGAGGUGGCCUGGCACAUGUUUGCCUCCAAUACCGCCUAUGUGGUGAACAUGUCGGCGGUGGCCCUGACCGCCAUCGGCUGUACUGUUCAGCAGUCCAGCUUCUACGGAUUCGCCUCCAUGCUGCCCAAGCAGUACACCCAGGCGGUGAUGGCCGGCGAAAGCAUCGCCGGAUUCCUGGUGUCUUCCAAUCGUGUCGUUACCAAGCUGCUGAUCAACAACGAUCGCGUCUCCACGGUCAUCUUCUUCCUGACCUCCACACUCUACAUACUCUUCAGCUACCUGCUGCACGUGGCCACGAUCAACUCGCCGUUUGUGCGGUUCCAUGUGGAGGCCUGCUCCAAGAUUGUCCUGCGACCGGAUGAGGAGAUUGACGGAGUUGCAAGUGGUACUCGGUACGGUGUGCUCUCGAUGGACGGAACCCACACCACGACCACAGCGGUGGGUCCUCCUGGCAGCGGAAAUACCCUGAGUUUCAGCAAUCCCGUCUACGAGCUGUCCAAUCCAACGGCCGGCGAAAGCAGCAUUGAGUCAUUGGGCCAACUGCCUGAGCUCCCGGCCACGCCCCCCGCCCAGGAGCCCACAACGCCCACGACGGUGGCCUUCAAGGUGGAGCACGUGAUCACUCCUCGGCGCUGCCGGCCGAGCAAGCUGGGCGACAUCCGCGAGGGAUUCGUGACCCGGUGGCGGGUGGCCCAGGUGAUCUAUCCGCACAUGGUGUGCAUUGCUUUGGCCUACUGCGUGACCCUCUCCCUGUAUCCGGGCAUCGAGGUCGAGGUCCAAUCCUGCGCCCUCCGCUCCUGGAUGCCAGUGCUGCUGAUGUUCUGCUUUAACACGUCGGACGUGGUGGGCAAGAUCCUGGCCGCCAGUCCGUAUCCCUGGUCGCGUCGCCAGCUGAUCCUGCUGUCCGGCUUGAGGAUCGUCCUGGUGCCGCUCCUACUGCUCUGCUGUGCGCCCCGCCAGCGUCCCGUGAUCUCCGGCGAAACGGCACCCUUUGUCUUCACCAUCGCCCUGGGGAUCACCAAUGGACUGGCCGGCAGCUUGCCCAUGAUGCUGGCCCCCGCCAAGGUGCCGGGAACUCUGAAGGAGGUCACUGGCAACAUAAUGACCUUGUCGUACAACGUGGGUCUGACGGUGGGCUCCCUGAUCGGAUACGUUUUCGAGAGCAUGCUGGGACCGCAGCUGGUGAAUCCCUGUCCCACGUAUCCCUAUGUGCCCGCCUCGAUGCUGGACCAGUUCCAUGGGCAUGGCCAUGGACACGGCCAUCUGCCGCAUCCGUUGCCGCUGACCAGUACCAGCACGAUGAGUCCACCAACCACGGGCGCCACCACACUGGCACCGCUCCUGCUCAAUACCACGCUGGCCACCCUUGGACUGCCCUCGUCCAGUUCCACCACCAGCACCGCCAGUCCGGCCCUGGCCACCGUGAUCACCACAACGGCUCUGGCCCUCUACAGCACUGUGGCCACGGGCAGUGCCGAGGUAAUCAAUGCCACCAUGUCCUCGAUUCUGUCCACAGUGACCAGUUCGGUGGGCGAUAUCAGCGACGAGAUGACCACGGAUCCUCAGACGCCCGAUGCACUGCUCGAUAAUAUCUAAGAAAGAUUUUAACCAUUCAAAGUAUAUGGAAAAAGCGCCAACUCAACAUUCCACACAGCCAUAUCUACAUUAAAAAAAUUAUUCCUUAUAAGUUUUUGUUCAACCUUGGCAUGACAAGAUUGUAUAGAUUGCUCGUAGUAUUUUAGGUAUGAUUACAUUUGUUUAAGCAAUGGCAAAUCAUUAUCAAAGAAACAAAAAAAAAAACAUCUCUGAUUUAUUCCUGCUAUUGAGUUAGUUUUUAGAAUAGCAAUAGCAAUAUUCUUUAAAAUAAUUUUUAAGAUACCUCAAAUGUUCACCACUUUUUAUAAAAGAAGCAAUGGCAAAGCAAACAAAUUUGAUCAUUCAAAUACCUUUCUUCAUCAAUUUUAUAGAGCUUGUGUAAUGGCUGCAAACAAAGGAAAAUGAGUAAAUUUUCAAAUAUAUAUACUUCAAGCUCAAUUUAAAUACAAAGUGAACAAGGAUUCCAGUUAAUAGCAAGCGCAAAAUUCUUACUAUAGGGCAAUACUAAUCCUGUAUGUACUAUAUACUAUAUAUCUAUUACUAUAAAGUGUCUAGGGUAUUUGUGCUUUCGGUUUGACUACAACUGUUCUAGGGCCUAAUAUUAAUCUCCGAAUAUACUCCAAACAAGUGCUAUGGAUUUCAAAUUGCAAACCUGUUGACUUAGAGAAAAUAUGUAUUAAGUGUGAAAUGGUUAUUGGUAAUAAGGCCUGGUUAUUUUUGUAAGAGUGAGAAAUGGAUAACUGCAGAUUCAGACAACUAAAUGUUAACUUCAAGAGCGUAUUAUACUCAAAAAAUAAUAAAUAUAUGUAUUAAUUUAUUAUUUAUUUUGUUGAAUUAUCUUUGUAUAAACAAGAAGAAUGAGAAGAAUAAGUGUUGUAAGCAUUGUAAGCCAUCAAGUGCAAAAGCUGGCCUUAACUUAAUUUAUUGCUUUUAUAUUUAUUUCUUUGGCUAAAUUUGUAAGAAGAAUGGUAAAGAAAUAUGUGUAUCGUUAGGAACAAAUUUUGAUGCAAACAUUAAAUAAAUGGUAAUA